AAAAUAAGAGAAAUUGGAAUUGUUCAUAGAUAUACUAUACAAUGUGUAUUACCAGUCAAUAUGCUCAAUGAAAAAAUAUUCAUUAUAUUAUGGUUUUGGUUUGUUUAUGUAAUAUUAGAUAACAUAAUUGAGUUUUUGAUUAUUAUAAAACAGAUUAUCGAUAAACGUGGUAAAUUACAAUAUAUUAAACGUUUAUGUAAUAUUAAUAAUGGUAGAACAGAUAUAUCAUCAGAUAAUAACGAUAUUGAGCAACGUAUUAUUCAAAAAUUCACAUUCAAUUACUUGAUGGGUGAUGGUUUUUUCAUUAUACGUCUAUUAAGUAAAAAUGUCAGUGAAAUGGUAGCAGCAGAUGUUGUGGCAAAUAUUUUUAAAAAUUUUCGAGAAAAAGAAAAGGAAGACGAACGGCAACGAGAUGCUACACAUAUGGAAGAAUUAGAAGAAUCAUAA